GGCAGCCACGGUUGCUAAGCAACGCGAGGUUGUCAGCCUUGGCUGUGCCUGGUUCAGCUGCGCGAUGGGGCAGCGGGGCCUCCCGCCGCUCCUGCUCGUGUUCCUGGGUUGCUGGGCAUCUGUGAACGCCCAGGCCGGGGCCACCCCUGUGGUGACUACGGAGGGCUUCAACUCUACGGAGCCGGCCCCGACGACUCUCCUACCCACCUUAUCACCUAGGCCCCCUGAGACUCCCAGGGCCCCCAGGCCCUCCUCCGGCCCCAGGCCUACCCCGGUCACGGACGUUGCUGCUCUGUGUGUCUGUGACUUGUCUCCAGCACAGUGUGACAUCAACUGUUGUUGUGAUCCUGAUUGCAGCUCCACGGAUUUCAGUGUCUUUUCUGCCUGCUCAAUUCCAGUUGUCACGGGUGAUAGUCGGUUUUGUAGUCAAAAAGCAGCCAUCUAUUCACUGAAUUUUACAGCAGACCCACCUCAGAGAGUAUUUAAACUUGUUGAUCAGAUCAAUCCAUCUAUGUUCUGCAUUCGUAUUACAAACUAUAAACCUGCAUUAUCCUUUAUUAAUCCGGAAGUACCUGAUGAAAGCAAUUUUGAUAAAAUGAUGAAAACAUCUGAUGGUUUUUCAUUGAAUGCAGAAUCAGAUGUUUCUUUUACAACCAAACCAGAUGCUCCAAAUGCUGCAAAAUAUGAGUAUGGGGCGCACCUGCAGACUUCAGAUUCAUUUUUGAGGUUUCCUUCACCCCUUACAUCAUCUCUGUGUACCGAUAAUAACCCUGCAGCAUUUCUGGUUAACCAAGCUGUUAAGUGCACCAGAAGGAUAAAUUUGGAACAGUGUGAAGAAAUAGAAACCCUGAGCAUGGCUUAUUACAGCAGCCCUAAAAUUUUGAAGGUGCCUGGUUCAGGAACAAAGGUCCCUAUCACUGUUCAGUCCAUUGUCAUUCAGUCUCUAAAUAAAACACUAACCCGGCUGGAAGGCAUUGACUUAUUGAAGCCAAGACAUGUGGAAGCUGGACACAAUAAAAUCUGCAUUAACAUUGUUCUCAAGGUAAAGUACAGCCUCACAUAUACAGAUGCAGGUGAAAUAACAAAAGCUGAUCUCUCUCUCCUUCUGGGAGCAGUUAGCAGUGCAAUGGUUCCACUCCAGCAAAAGUUUGACAUUUAUUUUAUUCAGCAAAAUACAAAGCCAGUUCCUCUCAGUGGAAACCCCGGUUAUGGUUUGGGGCUCCCGCUAGCUGCUGGAUUUCAGCCUCGGAAGGGGUCUGGGAUUAUUCAGACCACAAAUAGAUACGGACAAUUUACUAUCCUUCGUAGCACAACUGAGCAAGACUGCUUAGCAAUAGAGGGGAUCCGGACCCCAGUAUUAUUUGGUUACAACAUGCAAUCUGGCUGUAAACUCAGGCUGACCAAAACUAUCACAUGUCGGCUGGCAGCCCAGAAGGUGAAGAGCCUGCUGAAGGGUCAGGGCUUCCCAGAUUACGUGGCCCCAUUUGGAAAUUCCCAGGCCCAGGAUGUGCUGGACUGGGUGCCCAUCCACUUCAUCACCCAGACAUCCCAUGUGAAGGAUUCUUGCCAGCUCCCAGUGGCUUUGGCUAUAGAAGUGAAGUGGACUAAAUAUGGAUCCUUAUUGAACCCACAGGCUAAAAUAGUCAAUGUAACUGCAAAUCUAAUUUCAUCUUCUUUUUCUGAGACCCACUCAGGAAAUGAAAGGACAAUUCUUAUUUCUACUGCGGUUACUUUUGUGGAUGUGUCUGCACCUGCAGAGGCAGGCUUCAGAGCUCGGCCACACAUCAACGCCAGGCUGCCCUUUAAUUUCUUCUUCCCGUUUGUUUGACGUAAGUCAUUAAACAAGGAAACUACACCACGCCUGUAGACUCGAGCAUGUGGGGACCCAGAGACACUCCACUUUAUUAUACUUAAAACCCUUGAGGUUGCCCCCAAACCAACACACUUCCCCUCGCCACUCACUCCCCUCCUUCCUUUUCUCCUUUUGGCAAUUUCAUUCUACUUGGUUUGACUUUAAAAGGGGCCCCCAUCUGGUCUUGAUCAUUACCAGUGCUCUCAACACAUAGGUCACUUGUGGAGACCAAGUUGCAACCUUGGGAAGUCAGCGAAGUAAUCAGACCUUGAAGUAGCGCAGGCAUUGAGGGUUUAUCCAGUUUAUUCAUCCCCUGCUUUAAUGUGAGUUACUUAAAAAAUAUUCAUUGUUUUUAGUUCAGGUUUUCUAUCUUUUCAGGUCCUGUUGAAAUGAGUACAAAAAUAGCAAAUUAUUGUAUAAAAUCGUGCAAACAGAGUACAAGGUCUCACGAGGGGAUCUUCCUCCAAAUGUCAUGUUAAUUACAGUGGCAUCUUGGUCUAAUUGCCAUUUCUGUACUAGGCACUGGAGCCAGCCUGCUCUCCAGCUGGUGGGCUGGAAUAGGAUGCCACAGAGUGGUUCCAAGCAGUUGAAGCUGGAAAGAAUAUAGUAGGAGGGCCCAAGGGAAGGAGAGAGUUUAUUUUGUACAUUAAUUGUACAGUAAUUGAGAAAAAUGUUGUCAGGUGGCAGAACUAGGUGGAACCAGCUAAGAGCUGGAGGAUGCAGAGAGGGGGCAGGGGAGAACAGCUCCUGGGGGGAACUUGCGAUAAGCUGUUUAGAUCAGAACAGCUUGGAAAUAGAAAAGACUCUUCUAGAAUGUUUGGGCAGCUAAAGUAGCUUCCUUGUUUCUUCUUUGUCUUUCAGAGUCCCCAUAUGAAAGGAUGCACUGGUUCCUCAACAUACAUGUGACAUGAGACAACUGUACACUUGAUGAGAUUAUAUACUGCUGGUAACUGUCCAGCUUUGUUCAUUUUCAAGCAAGAGGAAAGUGCUGGACAUGAGAAAAGUAUAGUUUUAUGAUACAUUUGUUAGAGUGUGGGGUGGGAUGGGGGAUGGACAUUCUCAGUCACGCCCAGGAAGACACAGAGCCUUCUGAAAGUCCGUGUCCCCAGAAUCCGAGCUGGCGACAGUGAGGCAAGGCCGUCAAAGCAAACCUCUCCCGACACAGCCCCAGGAGGGGGAGCUAUCCUUCUUGUCACAAGCGUCACAAGCCAGUAAGGCAGGGUCUUCCCUUCAGGGUGGAGCAGAUAGCGUCUAGUUCACCUCACCAAGAAGUCCAUGCUGUUUCAAUAGCUUGUUAAGUCUUUCAAUUUCUUGUUCCUGUUAUUACAAAAGCAGACAAAUAACUGGAUUUACCUUCUGAGCCUCACCUGGCACGUGGCAGUCAUGCAGUGAGCCCCAGGCACAACCCAGGGACACAGAGCUGAAUGAACGCCAUGCUCCUUGUGGAAUCAAUCAGCGGGCCCAGGCCAGGACAGAUACCUGAAGGAGGGUGCCUGGUGCAGCUGCAGGGAGGGAGCUGAGUCUGAAAGAACCAGGAAGACGUGACCCAGGGAAGGGGGCUCAGGACUAAGGGCCCCGUAUGAGCACAGGCCUGACAGGGAGGAGCACCCAGCUGGAGGGAGGGAACCCUCUGGGCAGACAGAGGGCAUUUUCCCAACCAUAUUCUUACCUUCUCAGAGCAGCUGAAUUCAAGGUGCUGGAUCUUGGUGGCCAGUUGUAUAUUUAUCUGUUUUAACCUUAACAGCUGCCGUUCUGAACGUGUCUUAACCGAGAUGAUGAUCCCUGAAAAAUAAUUGCAAGGGUCUUUGUGAUACUGGUUUCUCAUUUAACCAUUUGGAAAAAAACCCUGUAUUCCUUAUAAAUGUACCCAGUAGGGAAGAGUGGUGACAAGUAAAACAGUCAUGGCUUAAAGGCAUCAAAACUGAGGGUCAGAUUUUUUGUUUCUGAGCUACUUGGUACCCAGCUGUGACAUACUUCUUGGGCUUGCACAGUGUGAGAAAUCCUUAAAAAUAAUCACUGACCAGAAGAAUGUUAAGCUCCUUAAUAUGGAGCUUGUUCACGACAUUAUGGCUGCUUGGCAGCAGUUGCUCCAAAGGCACUAUGUACAAGCCUGGAAACAUCGAGCUUGGGGUGGGGAAUGUCACUUUCCCAACUUUCUGCCUCCAGAGCUGUGACCAGUUCAGCUGUCAGGUGAAGACCCGAAUCUUGGCCAGUCUAGGGGAGGGUGUCAUCAGCCUCAGCUGAUGGCUCCAUAUGCCCACACCACAGGGGGGCCUUGCUUCAAAAGACAGCUGCGGUGGCGCUGCUCUGCCCCUUGCCGAGUGUGAAGGACUGAGUGUGGACGGUCACCCAAACAUGUGGUGCCCACGAGGCUUGGGGCAACAGUCCGUAGUCCACGGUGUUCCUGGGUUUCUCACUGAGUCCAGUUUAGCCUCACAUUGCUUUUUCAGUCAUAGUACUAAGUUUGAUAGCAAUGUAAUACUGGGCAUUAGCUAGUCCUCCUGUGCCUUGUCACCACUGAGACAAGAUGAACAAGUCUCAGACUUCUGGUUUCAUCUGCAAAAGCAAAUCUCACAACAGUGUGAUGUGAGAGUACUGGAUAGUAACUGGUUCGUGAAUCAUUUAUAAUCCGUUAUGGUAUAUGUGCCGCACAUGACCUUUGCACAGAGUGUUUUUCUGUUCAAUCAAUGAAAAAAUAUCAGCAUAAGCAUCUUCAGUAUUAUAUGAAAAGCUUCCGUCAUUUCCUUUGACAGAACCCAAAUAAACGUUCUUAAUAAUC